AUGCCCUCUCAGCAAGUCUUUGAUAACAAGGACGGUGCUACCUACACCACCUCGAACGGCGCGCCCGUUCGCGAGCCCUAUGCCGCACAGCGCGUAGGCUUCAACGGCCCGUUGCUGCUCCAGGACUUCCACCAUAUCGAUCUCCUCGCACACUUCGACCGCGAGCGCAUUCCUGAGCGUGUCGUCCACGCGAAGGGCGCUGGCGCGCACGGCUACUUCGAGGUCACUCACGACAUCUCCGACUUGACCUGCGCCAAGUUGUUCUCGAAGGUCGGCACCAAGGCGCGCACCACCGUCCGUUUCUCGACGGUCGGUGGCGAGUCCGGUUCAGCCGACACCGCGCGCGACCCUCGCGGGUUUGCGAUCAAGAUCCGCACGGAGGAGGGCAACCUCGACUGGGUGUUCAACAACACGCCCGUCUUCUUCAUCCGCGACCCCGCGAAGUUCCCUCACUUCAUCCACACCCAGAAGCGCGACCCUCAGACCCACCUUAAGGACGCUGAUAUGUUCUGGGACUACCUCUCGCAAAACCCGGAGUCGGUGCACCAGGUCAUGAUCCUCUUCUCUGACCGCGGAACGCCCGAUGGCUACCACCAAAUGCACGGCUACUCCGGCCACACGUUCAAGUUCGUGAACGAGCAAGGCGACUGGAACUACGUUCAGGUCCACGUUCGCGCAGACGGUGGCUUCAAGACGCUCGACAACGAGCAGGCUGGUGAGCUUGCUGGAUCUAACCCCGACCACGGUACCCAGAAGCUUUUUGAGGCCAUUGAGAGCGGUAACCCCCCGUCAUGGACUGUCUACGUCCAAACCAUGACACCCCAGCAGGCCGAGCAAUUCCGCUACAACGUUCUCGAUCUCACCAAAGUUUGGCCGCACUCGGAGUUCCCGCUGCGCCCCGUCGGGAAGCUCGUCCUCAACGAAAACGUGCAGAACUACUUCGCCGAGAUCGAGCAGGUCGCCUUCUCACCCUCGCACCUUGUCCCGGGUAUCGAGCCCUCGGCCGACCCCGUGCUCCAGUCGCGCCUCUUCUCGUACCCUGACACGCACCGUCACCGUCUUGGCCCCAACUACCAGCAGUUGCCCGUCAACGCACCCAUUGUGCCCAUCGCCAACUUCCAGCGCGAUGGCUUCAUGGCCUUCAACAACCAGGGUCCGCGCCCUAACUACCAGAGCUCGAUCGCGCCGCUGUCGUACAAGGGUAAGACAUACGACGACAAGGAGAUCAAGCACGAGACGUUCGUCGGCCUCGCUCGUGCAGAGCUGAGCACCAUCACCGAGCUCGACUUCGAGCAGCCGCGCGCGCUCUACCACAAGGCGAUGGACCAGACGGCGCGCGAGCACCUCGUCCACAACCUCGCGGUGCACAUGAAGGCCAUCCGGGACCCCAAGGUCACGGCGCGUCAGCUCAGCGUCUUCGCUGCCGUCGACCAGGGCUUCUCCGAUGCGCUCGCCAAGCAGCUCGGCGUGAACACCGUUAAGCCUCUCCAGCCGGCGCCCGCGGAUGCUUUCCGUCAGGUGAAGCACAACAUCGGUCUCGCGUCGCAAGGCCAGACGUAA